GGAGCGAGAGAGCAAAUUGACAAUAUAUGUAUUUUUAGGUUAGAUGGAGGGAGAAAGAGAAGGAAUCGAACAUCUAUUUAAAAGAAAGAAUUGUACCUAUAACGUUAUACUUACCUUAAAAAGAAGCAGAAACAGCUGGUGCUUACAAUUAAAGUGUACUCAAUUGUAAAGCAAAAGAAAACUCAAAGAAUGUUUUUUUAAAGAAUCAGUGCUUGGAGAGCAAGUUCAAGUCUCGCGACUCGCGACUCGCGUUCAAUUUUCGAGGUCAGAAUGCAUUGUUUGUCGGUUGUCAAAUACGUUUGUGUCGAUGCUCACUUGAAACAAUAUUUAUCCGAGCACUGCAACAAUCCAAAGUCGAUUAGAAGGUUAUAAGGGUUCGACGUUUUUGCGUGUAAAAUUUUGGUACCUGUUACCUGUUGGACGUAUAACUAGGAGUUUCAGUUGAUGUUGAUUUAUUCUUUUUAAUUAUCAUCGUUUUGUUUCGCUGGGCGAUAACAUUUAAACGAAAAUGUCGAAGAUAUUUACACCUGUGAACCAGAUAAGGCUAACUAACGUAGCAGUGGUCCGCAUUAAGAAAGGAGGCAAGAGGUUCGAAAUCGCCUGCUACAGGAACAAAGUCGUUUCCUGGCGAAAUAAUCUAGAAAAAGACAUUGAUGAAGUAUUACAGACCCACACAGUCUUCACAAAUGUAUCAAAAGGACAAGUGGCUAAAAAGGAAGAUCUCAUCAAAGUUUUUGGAAAGGAUGAUCAAACAGAAAUUUGCAAAGAGAUAUUGGCAAAAGGUGAACUGCAAGUUUCGGACAAAGAAAGGCACUCUGCCUUGGAUGCCAUGUUCAAAGAUAUAGCCACCACUGUUGCGCACAAUUGUGUUAACCCAGAAAAUAAAAGACCCUAUUCUGUAUCCCUGAUAGAAGCAGCUAUGAGGGAUAUUCAUUUCUCUGUGAAACCUAACCAGAAUGUCAAAAAGCAGGCGUUAGAUGUUAUUCCUCAGUUAAAAACUGUUAUAGCUCUUGAGAGAGCUCAGAUGAGAUUGAGGAUUGUGAUUUCUGGUAAAGAGGCUAGAAAAUUGAAAGAUAAAGUUGUCAAGUUAACUGCAUCAGUUGAAACUGAAAAUUGGGACAACGGUUCGUUAGAUUUAAUAUGUUUAAUUGAUCCUGGUCAUUACCGUGACAUCGACGAGUUGAUCAGGACAGAGACAAAAGGCUGUGGAGUCUUAGAGCUGUUGAAUUUGAAAGAAAUAACUGAAGGUGAUGAAGUUUUGGAGUAGUCACUUUGUAUUACUGUGCACAUUACUGUUUACUGAAUCAAUAAAAAUAUUUUUACUAUUCAGCACAACGGGAUAAUUCGUUCAACAUUUUAAAAUAAUGU